CCUUGUGACGACCUUCGUCUUGACUUCCACCAUCAUGGCGCAGUGUAAUCAAUGCGACCGUUUAUUCCGUUCCACUGAGGCAUUGUUUGCCCACUGUCGCGACAAAGAUGACCACCCCUUCUGCGAGGAUUGCGACAGAUUAUUCUCGACUUUUACUGGACUGGAUCAGCACAUGCAAAACGCUGCGGUACAUCGCAGCGACAGUGAAUCGGACGAGUAUGCGUCCGAGAGCGACGAUGACGAUGACGAUGACGAUGACGACGACGACGAACCGUUCUGUGUGGGAUGCAAUAGGUGGUUUGUUGACCUGGCAAGCCUUUAUCAGCACCUUGCUGCCAAGCGCAAAGCACAACUGUCCUGCUCUUGCCUCCACGCUUCAUAUAUUAAUAAAGACCCUGCUGCACAGCACUCAUCCUCCCCCGUGCACAGGGGGCUGGAUUUCGAGUGCCCUCUAUGCUCAAAGAGGUUCAAGACCCCUUCCUCGAUUGCCCUUCACAUCGAGUCGGGGACUUGUCACAAUAUCUCACGAGCACAAGUAACCGCAGCAGUCCAUGCACUCAAGAUAGUGCCUACGAUUUCGGUCUCUCGCCGCAUAGAAGGCGGAACGAUCCGCGUUGUAUCUUACUAUCAUGACGCGGAUGAGUUCAAGUGCCCAAAGUGCAAGAGGAAGUACAAGUUGCACAUUGAAAGCGAAGCGUGUGGGAUCGCGAGGUUCCAAGUGGUGGAGGACUUUACGAAAGACUUGGUUGACCAGUUUUUGAAGCGCUUGAAACUCUAACUUCGAUUGGGAAGGAUUAUGCUCGGAUUCCAAGGGGACUAUGUACUGUAAGUGUAAUAUAUGUUGUGUAUGUGUAUGAGAAAGUGAAUCCGAAUCUGGUUAUCUCUU